GUUGAAAACCAAUAUGAUUAUGAAGAAUUCAUAGCAGCAAAUACACGACUACCAACGUCACAGUGUCAAGGCUAUCUGUGAUCGUUCCAAAGUGAGAAAGGUGUGGUAAUAAUAUAACACCAAAACAUUACUGUUUGAGAUCGAGCUCACAGCUCAGAGGUCCAAUAUAUUUCACAAUCGCUCCCAAUGAGUUGUUCGGAAUUUAUGCCUUUCUCAUGACGUUGGUGUUUGGAAACAUGUAGGCCAAUUGUAUGGUCAGGCUGAUCGACGGCAACUCGGGCAUUUAAUGUUGUUUUGAUUUGUUUCAUAUACCAGAAAAAAGAAGAGAUUUUCUAACUUGACGGGCACUUGCGCAUUGAUUUGUUUCGUGUUCUGUUGUUCGGACAUGGGAAUAACGAAGCUGAUUUGAUUUUCGUACUGUCGAAUCUUCAAAAUAUAACGAACCUUAUGUUGGAUUAACGAAUGCUCGGAUUAACCAACUGCCACAGCUUUUAUUUUCGGACUAACGAACGUCACGUGGUCAAACGCUAUUAGCAUGUUUCGGAUUAAAGAACAUUUGCAAUAACUACUUGGGCCUACAUCAGCCAGGAUUCUAUAGGGCUGAGGAUAAUGCAUUGUCAUACGGCAAAAGGCCACAGUCUUUUGUAGAAAAUUGGAGAGCCGGAACGAUAGUUGCACUAGCGUAAUGAAAGUGUUAUUGUCCUACAUCAUGAAUACAGACUAAGAGCGAACCAUAUACCACAUGUUUCUCAAUGAUCUUAUGUCGUUGUAUGAUCCGCCAUUCUGAGAGAACCACUGAUCUGUAUUCGGCGUGCACUGAUCAGUGGUAAACAAAAUUCAGUAUCUGGGACGGAAGGUAUCUCUUUAGAAGAUAGCUUCAACCAUGUCAAUGCUUGUUUUUAUCGGCAUCAACGUUGAUUUGAUUUGAUUUGAAUUAGCAGCCAUCCUCCAAAUUAAAGCCAUCUUCACCGAGUUGAAACUUUUUUUGAAACUGGUGCAACGAACUCGUAUGGACAGGACAACUUUUUGAGUUUACAUUGCCUACAUUCACACACGCAGUCGAGCUGAUCCAUGGUUGACUAAAAGUGGUAAACCUGUCCCCUGCACUAGCUACUCCUACUUCUACGAAGACACUCAGCAGGAUCCGUAAGUCAUGCAGGAUGUAGUGCUAUAAGGAAUUAACUUGGACGCUGAGAAAGCCAUCUUGAGGACAAUAAGUGUACCUUCUCUUUUUCGCCGUGAUGCAGGCAUGAUGUCACUGAAGCAUUUCAUAGAAAGAACGAUUUGAUCAAUGCCUUGGAGGACACAUUCAAAUCAGAAUCAAAUAACGAGUGAUGAUGAUGAUGAUGACAUGAUGCCUCGGUACACUUGCGGAAAAACUCUGAAAAUUGUGUUCGGGGCAUCGUAUGCCCUGAUGGUGUUUCUGGUCAUCAAACACCAGUUUCGUGCCUAUCCUGGAGUGAAGCCCAGGAGUGUGUAUGAAGAUGAUCUACGGUCACCUUCCCUUGGGGCGGACCGUGCGCCACCUAGUCAUGGACGGUCGCGUGAUGAGAUGUUAGGCAACCGCUUAGGCUAUGAUGAUGGUGGCGUUGACAACAUCCGUGUCAACGGAGGUGUUCGUGAAUCCACACGAAUGAAGAUUCAAACUACUAAUGAAGAAGAUGCCGUAUGGGACAAACUUCUGGUUGGUCCAGCGAAGUCUCCUUCGAAAUCAAAUUCCUCUUCGGGGCAACCUGGCAAGGGGGUAUAUAUCUCGCCAAAGUUGCCAGAUUACAGACCCACAGAUAUAUCGGAUCUGUUUAUAGGAGUUAAGACGACCGGGGCGUACCACAGCAGCCGGGUCCAGCUCAUCCUGGACACCUGGCAUUCGUUUGCUCCAGAGCAGAUAUAUUUUUUCACCGACGUAAAAGAUCCAGUAUAUGAGGAGAAAACGAAUGGUCACAUGGUCAACACAGAUUGUCCAGAUACGCACAAAUUGACCGCCCUUGCCUGUAAAACGUCAAGCAUAUUCACCAUGUUUGAAAAGAUAAAAGACAAAAGGUGGCUGUGUCAUGUUGAUGACGACAACUAUCUUAAUGUUCCAGAGCUGUUAAGGUUCCUGAACCAUUUCGAUCACCACCAAGAGCUUUUCUUCGGGCGAGAAAGUAUCAAUUACCGGACGCUCGCAAUAGAUAGGGAUACAAAUGAGACAUACAGGUUCUGGUUUGCAACAGGAGGGGGAGGAGUUUGCUUCAGCAAGCCUCUAACGUACAGGAUGAUGAAGUAUACAAGCAAAGGCAAGUUGGCAAAAACAGCCGAGAAGAUAGGUCGGCCAGAUGACAUCACUAUAGGAUUUAUUGUAGAAAUCUUAUUGGGAAAGUCCCUGACGAGAGUUCGCAAAUUCAAUUCGCAUAUCCAGAAGAUGUCCGACAUUCCAACGCGUGAUCUCAUAAAGCAGAUUACACUGAGUUACUGUCUUAAUGACAGGAGAGAGCUAGGACCCAAUGUGAUCGAUUUUCGACCGAUAAUGAAAGAUGAUCCUACAAGAUUUAAGUCAUUCCACUGUACCUACUACCGUAAAUUUGGCGGUAUGUGCCCUUACGACUAACACCAUCAUUUGGGCAAGUACUGACCAAGGAUUGACUAGUCACCGAUUGUAUCUGCUAUCCUGAAAGAGACAGCUAUUCAAGGAGCGACGACUGGAAAGCUAUAAUAGACAUUAUAACCAACCUAUAAGUCAGUUAAACAACUGUUGGUCAAAACAAACUCGCACGCAAAAUAAAUUGGGAUGUUUUUUUGCAAACCGUUGGUAGGUUUAUGUUUCAACCAACUUUGGUUUAAAAAAAAUCUUAAAGAGUGUAGGCUUGUAUAUAGCUGGCUUGUACUGAUCAUUGUAUCGAUUCGAGUCAUUGUAAUUACGAUUUCUUUCAAUUGACAGAAUUGUGUGAAAAAAAAAAUCAAAUUUAUGCGAGUUAGAAAGUCUAGAAAAUGUUAAGUCGAAGGAGGAGUAAUUAAGAAAAGUUUUUCUCUAUUGGAGGGAUUUAUUCAAUACUGACAAUUACAAUCGAACAUUCAAUUUCGACACAAAUAAACAUUCAAGAAUACAUCAUGAGUUGUAACAAAAAAAAGUGACUUUCAUACAAAGUGGUCUCCGGCCUCGUAUGGGUUGAGAAAGUAUAGGCCCUACAAUAGUCAAAGAUGAUCUGAGGUCCGUCUUACAAAGAGUUAUCGAUUGAUCCGAUCAACCUCAUAUAUAUAUGGGAAUCCAUCAAUGUCAUAUUUUUUCUACCUGAAAUUUACUUAAUGUCUUUUGUAAGCAAAAAAAGUACAUUAUUUUUUUAAGAAAACGAUGAACGUAUGAAUAUAUAUCACUUUAUCUAGAAAACAUUUUGAACAAAUAUGCAUUUUAGAAGUUGACGUUGUUGGGUUUUCAUAGUUGCGGUUGAUCGGAUCAAUGGUAAAUCUUCGUAAGACGGGACCCAGAUAUUAUAUCAAGAGAGUUUUCGUAACGCAACGCAGAACGGAUUCAAUAACACGGUAAAUGUAUUGAAAAUGCCCGCCAAAUGACAAAGAACAGCUGGGAGGACUUUGUCGAAAAUUGGUGAACCGGAGCAGCAGUUGUCAGUUUCGGAGCUGACGUAAAAAUUGCAAUUAUGACGUUUGCCCAGAGUCCAUGACGAUAACUGCUGUUUUGAUUCACCGAUUUUCGACAAAGACUUCUUGGUUCCUCUUUGUCAUGAAGGCUAUUUGACAAUAGCUUUUCUAUGUUCUUGAUUCCCUACUGCGUCGCGGUGCAAAACUCCCUAAUAUAAAUAACUGUUGAAUUUAUAGCAUAUCACGAAACUUAUAGGUCUUAUACGAGCUACAUUUAUGAAAUGUUGCCAUUCAUUUAUAGAACAUACAAUGUGAUUAAUUUUUCAAACACAGGCAGAAUAAGAUUAUUGGAAACACACACUGCUCUAACAGGGCAGGCCUUGUGUAGAAAAGGAAAAGGGGGUACGAUAUUGCCAAAGUGUCUUAUCUCGGUUGUUUACAUUCAUUUAGCUUGUAAAUAUUCGCUGACAUCAAAAGUAUACUUUUGUUUGAUAUAUUGUGCGGAGAACUCAUCAGUCCACAAAAUUACAUUUGCGAAAUUAUUCCUUAUAUUACGAGAAAAGCGCUAACCUGAUGUUCGUAUGAUAUUUUAAAGGUAGAAUUAUCAGUGCAUUUAGAUGGUUGGAUUUGUCAUUGAUUUUUAUCUUAAGAAAAGUAGUUAAGUGCCCUUAUCCUACAGUCAUGUACGGAAAUUUAAUGUGCCUUUCAUUUUAUAAUCAUGUUAUAUAUUGUCUCAUGUCUCAUUAAAACUUAGAGUUGUAUUGGGAAAAUUAGGUGGAUAUUAAAUAUAAUCAUAGUGUCAUUGGCAUAAGCUGAAAUACCAGUACAUACAUAUGAAUGAAUAAAACCCCCCAUGGAGACAACACUUGUGUCUAUAUAUGACUAAAUAGUAAAUGAGCAAAAAGGUGAAUAUAAACGUGGUAUUUUGUGUAUAUACUGUUCCUUACUUUGUAAUUUCUGAGGAUAAUUAUUAUUAGAUUCUUGUUUUUGGUCAGUAUGGACAGGGGCUGAUCCAGGAUUUUCCAUGAACAAGCCCCCCCCCCCCCUCCAAAAAAAGGUCUAUACCCAAAUUAAUGGUGAGUUAUGUCUGUAAAAAGUUGACAACCAAAAAAAAUGUUUUCAGAAGUGAAUGGAGGUCAUUUUAUCCCAGUAAAAAAAAUUGACCAAAAAAAAACCAAACAAAGGUCUUCACUUCGGAGGCAUGACAAAUUCCCAUAUGAAGUAAUAUUGUUGUGCCUCUCAAAAGGGGGAGGGGGCACGGGGCAGAUAUGCCCCUACCUGGAUUCACCUCUGUAGAUUUAGUUAAAAAUUACACUUCCAUUUACGGUGUCAAAAAAUUGUUGGCACUAAAUAUCAAAAUUUCGUUCAACUCAUUUUGUUUAUCUUUUAUUACAAUGUAGUUACAAAGAUGUAGUUUGAUUGAAAUAAAUUGAUUAGAAAUUUA